AUGGCCCCCACACCACGAACAGACCCUGCUGUGGCACGCAUGAAGCGCGAUCUGCUCACCGAGCACUUUGGCUGGGCGCCCGAGACGUUCGCAAAGGGCGGGAUGGACCUCGCAAACAGGACGAUGUACACGGCGACGGCCAAGGUCGAGCAGAGUCUGCAGAAGCUGGUGGAUGAUGGAGUCGAGGGCUUCAACGAGGACGAGGUCCAGCGGGGCAUCUACCGCCUUGAGACACUGCUAGAAGACGCAAUCGACACGCAGUUUGACCUGUUCGAGAUCUUCGUCCUGCGAAACACCUUCACCUUUGCCGACGACCUCGUCCCCUUCAUUGCCCUGCCUCAUCACGAACGACUGAACCCCGACUUGAAAGGCGCAGACGAGGCGAGUUUGGCGGAAUACCAGGAGGAAUUGCGGCUCUACGAGGAGGAGCUGCAGAAGGAGCGUGAGCUGGCGUGCGCGGAAUUGUUUGUCAAGGCCAAGGCGGCAAAGGUGCAGGAGCAGGCAGAGCUCGUGGGCUACUUGCGGGAACCAGGCAAACUCUCUGCGCACACCUCCCCUUCCGACCGCGCCCGCAUCCUCGCCUCGCAACUCUCGCUACUCCAGUCCCGCCUCUCCGACCUCGUCGCCACCCCCGUUCCCUACGACAAGCUCUCCAAUGUUCCCGCCGUCGCACCCUGGGCGACUUCACGAAGCGCGUUCAUCAACUGGGCGGCGGCGAAGAAGGCGAGUCCUGCGGCGACCGGAGCAGAGGGCGGACAGGCUGCGGGAGGAGAGGGAGAUCCGGUCGUUGGGCAGUUCCAGCAGGAGGCGGAGGCAACGGGCAAGGCGGACGAUGCCAAGGCUUUGCUCGCUGCGCUGGCCAAGUAG